CUUCCCAUCUAUUGUAAGCCUUGCUUCCUGUCGACCAAAGCUUUAGCAAUGGCGCCAUUGACCAAGCUCUUCCUCCUACUCCUGGGCCUAAACUUGAUGGUCACCGCUGUGCAUGGUGGCUGCGGACCCCACUGCCCGACCCCGACCCCACCACCACCUCCAUCGACCAACGGCGGCACGUGCCCGAUCGACACGCUGAAGCUGGGCGUGUGUGCCACCGUGCUGAACCUGGUGAAGCUCGGGCUCGGCGUGCCGCCCAACGAGCGGUGCUGCCCGCUGCUGGCCGGUCUGGCCGACCUUGACGCCGCUGUGUGCCUCUGCACCGCCAUCAGGGCCAAGGUCCUCGGCGUCAUCAACCUUAACGUCCCCGUCGACCUCGUCCUCCUACUCAACCAGUGCCACAAGACCUGCCCGCCCGGCUUCACCUGCCCGCUCUGAUCAAUCGACGUACUUGUCCAAGCAUGCCAUGCUGCGUACACAUGCCAUGCAUGCAGCUUUCUACAUAUUACUACAGUUUGUGUUUCAGUUCAUCUAUAUGUCUCGUGCAUGCCUAAGUUCCCUGUCAUGCAUUAGCAUUAUGCAUGCAUGCAGUGAUCAUUUCGUGUAAGUGCGUGAAAGUGUGUGAUGUUGUGGUGUCCAAAUAAAUGACCCACCUAAUCAGGGGUUUGUAUCAUCAUGUGAAAUACUGUACCGGCUAUAUGCCCCUGGCAUGUAUCAUCUGAAAUAUGUUGCAGUUGUGUUAA